CUUCGGAGCUCGCUCAAGACGCCUGAGUCAGGCUCCCUCUUCAAAGAGCCUCGGCCCAGAACCGGCAGUUCGGGAUCGCUCAACCGGGACAGUCUAAAAUGGAGCUUGCUGAGACGUCUGAGUCUGACUCAGGCCUCCCAUUGCAAGGGAGUUGGAGAGAAUCUGUACCUAUAAAGAGAGGUCCUGCCCCCUCAUACAUUCAUUCCUUUAGCACUCUUUCCCAGCGUCUCAGGAAAGUUCCAAAGCACGCGUGCCACUCAGAUUUCAGCGACCUACAAGCAUCCUUUUCUCAGAGACAACAUGCCCGCCAUGUUCUGCAGCGCCUUUCUUAGCAAAUCACGUACCACUAGCUUACUUUGAAUUGUAGAAGGCCUGAUUUGCCGUGGAUCAGCUGCCACUGUGAGUGCGAGGUACCAGCGGGCUAAGCUGGUCAAGUGGUGGAGGGCAGCUCCAAUCCCGCUUAGCAUCUGUGCGCAGCUGCCAAGCGCAUAGUGCAAUGUGUUGUGCUCGAGUUGCUGGCAGUGUGGUCCGAGUUAUGAGCUUCUGAACGUACGCUCUUGUGUAGGUAGUAAUAAGCUGUUAGCAGAGGGGGCCAGCUUCGUCAAACAGCUUGCAGAAGAGCACCAUUAAAUUUGCAACUGGGGGCUGCUGGCAUGGCUUCUGACCUGCGUUUCCACUGGGAAAGUGAUCCUUCCUCCUCUGAAGAACCGGAAGGAGAGGAUAUUGAAGGUGUUGAGUAUGCGCCCCGCUCUGUUGACGGCUCAGAGUCUGGACGCUCACUUGCGGACUUCCUCCAAGACGAAGACUGUGCCAGUAUCCAAGGUCCGUCCUUCUACAGGGCGUUUAACAACGAGAAAAGCCUCAGCCCAGCUUAUCUGCCAAGGGGUCUCCCAAAUCUGCUAAGCAAGAAGAGACCCGCUCCGGGGUAUCUGCCUACGUCUCCAUUCGCUUGGUCCUGUGGCAGCGCCUUCAGACAGCGGACCUGCAUAACGCCCCCAAGCUGCAACUCACAGGUACCUUCAUCUUCUCGCGUCCUUCAAAGCAAUGGCGGCAAGAAGGGUUCAAGUCAACCUUCAGCUGGCGACUGUAGUCAAAGCCUAACACUGAGAAGGAGAGGCCUCGUAAAGAAGCGGCGGCGCGUCAUCCUCUCGCAAGAGUAAGAAGAAGAGCAGCCGGUGCUCCCCCCCAUUGGGUGAGAAGUGCGCUCAGCACAACAGCGUCCCUCUCCGCAUGCAAAAGGCGGAACGUUGUGACGGUCCGUUUGAGUGACCCCAAAGGCUAAUGCGACCUAAGUGGGUUUUGAGGGUCGGUGCGAACCCUUGGGGCUGCUAUGCCAGUUUUCUGAGGCCUCAAGUGUGCCAGUGACUACCACGUAUGGAAUCCUGAGGGCUUGUUGGAGUUGAGUCAACACGGCAACGUAAAUGUUGUUGCAGCCAAUCAUGUAGCGUCAAGCUCGAGUAGGGUUAACAACUUGGGGUGACAAACAGAUGUCUAUCGUGCUCUGCGCAGCGAAGGGUAGGUCUAUGUGCAAAUGAUCGAC